UUGUUUUUAUUCUCUACGAGCAACAGUCAGAGACCCGCUUAUCUUCGUUGUUUCACAACCCAGUUGGCUUUUUCUUUCUCUAAUUUUCUCUUCUCUGAUAUUUCACGUCCCUUUCAUCGUAUUAGUUGGAAAAAACAAAAAAAAAAUUACUUCUUUUAUAGUAAGAAAAGCAAAAAGUCAAAAGUUGGGAUCAUUUUGAGAAUCUAAAUGGGAAUAAAUAGCAUUAUUCUAUGUAUUUAAAUUCAUAGUUUGUGUGCUUCUUUGGCGAAAAAAAAAAAAAAAGAAAAUGGGAAGGAGCUUUCAGUCCACGAGGAAAGUCCAUGGAGGAGUUCUGGCACUGUGCUGGUGGUUGGCGAACCUUGGAUUAGCUUGGGCUCAUAUCAAUGGAUUUGAGGACCAACCACUUUCCCAGAUUGCUAUCCACAAAACCAUUAUUGCCCUGCUGGACUCCGCCUCCAUUCAAGCUUACCCUUUUGUUCUCGGCUUAAAGGGUGAAGAUACCCAAUGGGUAACUGUGGAUUUAGAACACCCUGAACCCUCUGUGGAUGAUUGGGUCGGUGUCUUUUCUCCAGCAAGAUUCAACUCAUCAUAUUGCCUACCUGUGGAUGACCCAAAACAACAAACUCCAUUUAUAUGCUCUGCCCCAAUCAAGUUCAAGUAUGCGAAUCAUUCCAACUCCGGUUAUACCAAGACAGGAAAAGCCUCUUUGAAGUUCCAACUGAUAAAUCAGCGUGCAGACUUUUCAUUUGCAUUAUUUUCAGGAGGGUUGUCAAAUCCAAAACUGGUAGCAGUUUCAAACUUCAUAUCAUUUGCAAAUCCUAAGGCACCUGUCUAUCCACGCCUUGCACAAGGGAAGUCUUGGAAUGAAAUGACAAUUACCUGGACAAGUGGCUACAAUAUAGAUGAGGCUGUUCCAUUUGUUGAGUGGGGUCUGAAAGGAGAAAUACAAAUGCGAUCCCCAGCUGGAACUUUGACAUUUGAUCGAAGCAGCAUGUGUGGUUCACCAGCAAGGACGGUUGGUUGGCGCGAUCCUGGUUUCAUACACACUAGUUUCCUAAAAUAUUUGUGGCCAAACUCCAUGUACACUUACAGGUUGGGUCAUAUUUUAUUGAAUGGUUCAUAUGUUUGGAGCAAAAACUAUUCCUUCAAAUCAUCCCCAUAUCCUGGACAGAACUCACUGCAGCGAGUUGUAAUAUUUGGCGACAUGGGGAAGGCAGAGCGUGAUGGUUCAAAUGAGUAUAGUGAUUAUCAGCCAGGUUCUCUCAACACUACUGAUCAACUGAUCAAAGACUUGAACAACUAUGACAUAGUUUUCCACAUAGGAGAUAUUUCAUAUUCAAAUGGAUAUAUCUCCCAGUGGGACCAAUUCACGGCACAAGUGGAGGCCAUUUCAUCAACCAAACCUUAUAUGAUUGGAAGUGGUAAUCAUGAACGUGAUUGGCCAAAUACGGGGUCCUUCUAUGAUACUAUGGAUUCAGGUGGGGAAUGUGGUGUGCCAGCUGAGACCAUGUAUUAUGUUCCAGCUGAGAACCGAGCUAAGUUUUGGUACUCGACAGAUUAUGGUAUGUUUCAUUUCUGCAUAGCCGACUCUGAACAUGACUGGAGGGAGGGAUCAGAACAGUACAGGUUCAUUGAGAAAUGCCUUGCAUCCGCAGAUAGAAGGAAACAACCUUGGUUGAUUUUUGCAGCUCACCGUGUUCUUGGCUAUUCCUCUGAUUACUGGUAUGGCAUGGAGGGCUCAUUCGAAGAGCCCAUGGGAAGGGAAAGUUUACAGAGGCUUUGGCAAAAAUACAAGGUUGAUAUAGCAUUUUAUGGUCAUGUUCAUAACUAUGAAAGGACAUGCCCCAUAUACCAGAAUCAAUGUGUAAAUACAGAAAAGUCUCACUAUUCCGGCAUUGUUAAUGGUACCAUCCAUGUUGUUGUUGGAGGGGGAGGAAGCCACUUAUCCACGUUCAGCCAAGUGACCCCUGUCUGGAGUAUUUACAAAGAUUAUGACUUUGGAUUUGUCAAACUCACAGCAUUCAAUCACUCAUCUCUCCUCUUCGAAUACAAGAAAAGCAGGGAUGGGAAAGUCUAUGAUUCUUUCACCAUUUCAAGGGAGUACAGAGAUGUCUUAGCUUGUGUGCAUGAUGGUUGUGAAGCAACCACUUUGGCAUCUUGAAUCAAAUUAUUGAAAUAAUCCUUCAUAUUCGACGUUUAUAAGCAGAAGUUGUUGCCCAUAUGUCUAUACAAUAUUGUUAAAAUAAAAUGAUAAAGAUAUUUUGAAUUUUUCUACA